UGUCUUAUUGGCCUGGAGCCAGCCAAUGGGGAGCAGUCAGGGGCGGACUCAGCCGUUGCCAGGGUUGGGUGCACCACUGAACGGAUGGCAGAAGGAACCAAGCGGGUUCUUGAGGAACGCCGGCUAGCUAUUUGAGUGUCUUCUGUUGUGACCCAUCGAUGUCAAGAUGACUAAGCUUGGAUUUUUGCGAUUGUCCUAUGAGAAGCAGGACACUCUUCUGAAGCUUCUCAUUCUAUCAAUGGCUGCUGUGUUAUCUUUCUCCACUCGUCUCUUUGCUGUCCUGAGAUUCGAAAGUGUUAUCCAUGAGUUCGAUCCGUAUUUUAAUUAUCGGACUACCCGGUUCCUGGCUGAGGAGGGAUUUUAUAAAUUCCAUAACUGGUUUGAUGACCGGGCCUGGUACCCUUUGGGACGAAUCAUUGGAGGAACAAUUUAUCCAGGCUUAAUGAUCACCUCUGCUGCAAUCUACCAUGUUCUCCAUUUUUUCCACAUCACCAUCGACAUUCGGAAUGUCUGUGUGUUCCUGGCCCCACUCUUCUCUUCCUUCACCACCAUCGUCACGUACCACCUUACCAAAGAGCUCAAGGAUGCAGGGGCUGGACUUCUUGCUGCUGCCAUGAUUGCUGUAGUUCCUGGAUAUAUCUCCCGAUCUGUGGCUGGUUCCUAUGAUAAUGAAGGGAUUGCCAUCUUUUGCAUGCUCCUCACCUACUACAUGUGGAUCAAGGCAGUGAAGACUGGUUCUAUCUAUUGGGCAGCCAAGUGUGCUCUUGCUUAUUUCUACAUGGUUUCCUCAUGGGGAGGUUAUGUGUUCCUGAUCAACUUGAUUCCUCUUCAUGUUCUGGUGCUGAUGCUCACAGGUCGUUUCUCCCACCGGAUUUAUGUGGCCUAUUGCACAGUUUACUGCCUGGGCACCAUUCUUUCCAUGCAGAUCUCCUUUGUGGGUUUCCAGCCUGUCCUUUCAUCAGAGCACAUGGCAGCCUUUGGAGUCUUUGGUCUUUGCCAGAUCCAUGCCUUUGUGGAUUACCUGCGCAGCAAAUUAAAUCCACAGCAAUUUGAAGUUCUUUUCCGUAGUGUCAUAUCCCUGGUAGGCUUUGUCCUACUCACUGUGGGAGCUCUCCUCAUGCUGACAGGAAAAAUAUCUCCAUGGACGGGGCGUUUCUACUCACUGCUGGAUCCUUCUUAUGCUAAGAACAACAUCCCCAUCAUUGCUUCUGUGUCCGAGCAUCAGCCCACAACCUGGUCUUCCUACUAUUUUGAUCUGCAGCUCCUCGUUUUCAUGUUUCCAGUUGGUCUCUAUUACUGCUUUAGCAACCUGUCUGAUGCCCGGAUUUUUAUCAUCAUGUAUGGUGUGACCAGCAUGUACUUUUCAGCUGUAAUGGUACGUCUAAUGUUGGUGUUAGCACCUGUUAUGUGCAUUCUUUCUGGCAUUGGAGUCUCUCAGGUGCUGUCCACAUAUAUGAAGAAUCUGGACAUAAGUCGCCCAGACAAGAAAAGCAAGAAGCAACAGGAUUCUACUUACCCUAUUAAGAAUGAAGUGGCAAGUGGGAUGAUAUUGGUCAUGGCUUUUUUUCUCAUCACCUACACCUUUCAUUCAACCUGGGUGACCAGCGAGGCCUAUUCUUCUCCUUCCAUUGUAUUGUCUGCCCGGGGUGGGGAUGGCAGUAGGAUCAUUUUUGAUGACUUCCGAGAAGCAUAUUAUUGGCUUCGUCACAAUACUCCAGAGGAUGCAAAGGUCAUGUCAUGGUGGGAUUAUGGCUACCAGAUUACAGCUAUGGCAAACAGGACAAUUUUAGUGGACAAUAAUACAUGGAAUAAUACCCAUAUUUCUCGAGUAGGGCAGGCAAUGGCAUCCUCUGAAGAAAAAGCCUAUGAGAUCAUGAGGGAGCUUGAUGUCAGCUAUGUGCUUGUCAUUUUUGGAGGCCUUACUGGGUAUUCCUCUGAUGAUAUCAACAAGUUUCUUUGGAUGGUUCGGAUCGGAGGGAGCACAGACACAGGCAAACAUAUCAAGGAGAAUGACUAUUAUACUCCAACUGGGGAAUUCCGUGUGGACCGUGAGGGUUCUCCAGUGCUGCUCAACUGCCUUAUGUACAAGAUGUGUUACUACCGCUUUGGGCAGGUCUACACAGAAGCCAAACGCCCACCAGGCUUUGACCGUGUCCGAAAUGCUGAGAUUGGUAAUAAAGACUUUGAACUUGAUGUCCUGGAGGAAGCAUAUACCACAGAACAUUGGCUGGUCAGGAUAUACAAGGUAAAGGACCUGGAUAAUCGAGGCUUGUCAAGGACGUAAAUGUCACAUCCAGCUAUGAUACGCUUUGCACUGAGCGCCUCAUAUUUAGAAUGUUGAAGAUUUUUUUUUUAUAUGCAGUUUAUAAGAACAGAGCCAGAUGGCAUUAGAAUCGUCUGGAAGUUUUGCCCUGGAUAGUAUGGGCUGGGCCAAAAUGGAAUGAUUUUUAUAAUUCUGAGCAGGUUACCAAAUGAAAUGUCAUGGAUUUACUUUGGUCAAUUAAAGGGGGGAAUUUUUUUUUAAAAAUGUGCCUUAUUUGUUUUGACUUAAUGGCUGAUUUGAAGACAAAAAUUUCUGCUGGGUUGCUCAAAGGACAUAUAGCAGACUUUACCAAUGCUCUUAGCUCCCUGAACCAGGUAGGAGGAGCAUUCUUUUUCUCUGAUAUCAGGAAAACUAUUAAGGACUAGCUCUGAUUCUACAUUAUAUGAACAGUUUUGUCAUACUGUCUGUAUUGUAGCACUUAGUGUGAAGCCUUGCACAUAGUAGGUGCUCAAUAAAUUUUUAUCAAAUGAAUAAAUGUUUAUGGAACAAGAGAGUGCUAUUUCUGGGCAGGAAAGACAGCUUUCUUGCUGUUAUGUCUCUAUUUGCAAUGUCUCUCAUCUUUAGAGGCGCUUUGACUUUAUAAGGGAUAGAAAGUGGCUAGCCAGACCUGAUCUCACCAGUACUCUUUGGGACUAGUGAGGGUUUUUAUUUUUUUAGAGCAGGAAUAAAUCAAGUGUGACUAAAUCAGCAGUUUUAAAGACUCAAACAGUAAAAUGUUAUCUGUGGAGAGGGAGAAACUCUUUCAAUGUUAUGUGUAGAGGUUGAUAAUCAGUAGAUGCUUGUGAAUCAGCUUAAAUAUAAUUAUAAACAUCUAUUUGAAAUUUAAUUUUUCAGUACUUUCACCAAAUUGUAACACUUCCCUGAAGGCUUUAGUUUCAUUUCCUUUAGCCUAUGCACUAAAACUCUUGUGGUUGUUUAGAGGUAAGCGUCUCUCCUUGUCUCAGUCUACUGUGUUUUUUUUUUUUUUCUUUAGUGGUGCAGGGGAUUGAACCCAGGGCCUUGUGCAUGCAAGGCAAGCACUCUGCCAACUGAACUAUAUCCCCAGCCCAGUCUAUUGCUUUUAUAUACCACUUCAGUCAAGUUUAAUUACCUGGUUUUGAAAUCCUUGCUUAAUAAACUACAAUUUAGAAGGAGGGCACAUUGCCAGCCUGACUGCUAGAAGAGAAAACAUCUUAAAAAUGUUCAGCUCCAAAGCACAAUGGACCCAUAGAUGUUUAACAUCAAGAUAGCUUCCUGUACAGUUCAGUCAGACAUUUUAUUUAUUUUUUUUAAACUACAUAAGACAUAUAUCACUGAGGUAUAUAAGCCCUAAGUCUUUUAAAAUAUAUGAGGAAACUGUCUAGUGUUACAUGUUUAAUAAAAUAGGAGGAAUUCAUGGCUUUUAGAUAAAUCAAAAUCAUAUAAUAGAUAUGCUUGGGUAUACUUUGAUAUCUAGGGAACUUAACCUUCCAAGUCAGUUUAUAUUCCAUGUGGUUGAGAUUUAGAUUUAAAAUAAGAUUUGACUUACUAUAUGUAAAUAUAUUAUUUAAUUUACAUACAGAAUUAUUCCCAAAUGGAAGAGGUUAUUCUGAGUUCAUCAGUAUGAUAAUACUAAUAAGAGAUUAUUAAUUAUUAAUUAGUUGCUUCCGUAGUAUAACUGGGAUAACACUUUUGUCAGUAUAAUUGUGGCUCUUUGGGUUCUAAUUUUGUUAGUCUCCAGACUAUAUGGAACUAUAUCCCCAGUCCUUUUUAUUUUGAGACAGGGUCUAAGUUGCUGUGAUUGGCCUUGAACUUGGGAUCUUUCUGCCUCAGCCUCCCAAGUAGCAGAGAUUACAGGUUUCUGCCACUGCACUCAGCAUGAAGCUUUCUUUUUUAAAAAUUGACUUUUAAUUUUUAUUGUUAUAAUUUACUCUUAAUAUAAAAAGUUCUUAAAAAGCAACAAGACAGUGUUUUCUACUCCCCAAGACAUCAACUUUCAACUUUGAAGAUUCUCACUUCUGUAUCAUUAAAUGACUUGCUUUAGUUUGCUA